AUGGUCCUCAAAGAUGGAACCACAAACUGCAAUAAUCCUAGUUAUGGCCAGAGUACUGAUACUUCUUUCAAUAAUUUUCCAAAUCAAAGAAGCCACGUGGGGAAUUUAUCUUGUGAAUUUGAAGAAUGUUUUAACAAGAAAUCACAUCUUCUUGGUCACCAGAAAAUUCAUAUGGAAGUGAAAGCAUUUUCAUGUUCUGAAUGUGGAAAAUGUUUCCAACGGAAAUGGAGACUUACUAGACAUGAGGAAACUCAUACAACAAAGAGAGAAUUUUCAUGUUCUCAAUGUAGGAAAUGUUUCCUAAGGGAAUGGGAUCUUAAGAGACAUCUGAAAAUCCAUACAGGAGUAAGACCAUUUUCAUGUUAUGAAUGUGGGAAAUGUUUUUCUCGGCAAUCACAUCUUAUUGCACAUCUGAAUACUCAUACUGGAGGUGAAUUUAUAAACCACAGUAAUCCUAGUCAUGGUGAAAAUACUGAUUCUAGUUUCGAUCUUCAAAAUCAAAGAAGCAACGUGGGGAAUUUAUGUUCUAAAAAUGGGAAACGUUAUAUCUGGAAUUCAAAUCUUUUAAGACAUGAGAAAAUUCAUAUAGGAGAGAAAGGAUUUUCAUGUUCUGAAUGUGGGAAAUGUUUUACUCAGAAAUCAAAUCUGACUACUCAUUAUAAAAUUCAUACAGGAGUGAAAGCAUUUUCAUGUUCUGAAUGUGGAAAAUGUUUUACUCUCAAAGCACAUCUUAAGUACCAUCAGAAAAGUCAUACAGGAGAGAAAACAUUUCCAUGUUCUGAAUGUGGAAAAUAUUUUGCUUUGAAAUCACAUCUUAAGGACCAUCAUAAAAUUCAUACGGGCGAGAAAGCUUUUUCAUGUUCUGAAUGUGGGAAAUGUUUUGCCCUGAAAUCAACCCUUGUUGUACAUCAGAAAAUUCAUACAGGAGUGAAAGCAUUUUCAUGUUCUGAAUGUGGGAAUUGUUUUGCUCGGAAAUCACAUCUUGAUAUGCAUAAGAAUAUUCAUGCAGAAGAAAAACCAUUUUCAUGUUCUGAAUGUGGAAAACGGUUUACUUGGAAAUCACAUCUUGUUAGACAUCAGAAAUAUCAUACAGGGGAGAAAACAUUUUCAUGUUCUGAAUGUGGGAUGUGUUUUAGUGAGAAAUUGAUUCUUGUUAUGCAUCAGAAUGUUCAUGCAGGAGAAAAAACAUUUUCAUGUUCUGAUUGCGGAAAAUGUUUUAAAUGGAAAUCAAAUCUUAUUACGCAUCAGAAAACUCAUACUGGAGAGAAAGCAUUUUCAUGUUCUGAAUGUGGGAAAUGUUUUUCUUCUAACGCAAGUCUUAUUAGACAUCGGAAAAUUCAUUCUUGAGAGAAUGCAUUUUCAUGUUUUGAAUGUGGGAAAUGUUUUAUCACCAAAAGAGUUUGUGUUACUCAACAAAAAAUGUAUACAGGAGGGAAAAGAGGUUUUUGAAUGUGGGAAAAGUUUUGAUCAUAAGUUACAUCUUAUUGCGCAUCAGAAAAUUCAUAUUGGACAAAAAGCAUUCUCAUGUAUGGCCCAGUGUGAACCCCUACAUUAACAACAUAAGUGCAAUAGCCUUCUAAAAGCCCUUGUCUGAUUUAUGAUAGCCACCCCUAGCUGCAUAAAAGGCAUUGUGAUGAAAUACAACAACAAAAAAUAUAUAUUAUUUUACUUUUAAUUGCUAUUUUUCAUUUUUUUUUAAAAAAAUUUAAAAACACACUUUCUCCAUUUCUGUUUGCUUUAGAAAGGUUACCCUAUAUAUUUAAAAAUCCAUAAAUGUGUUGACUAUGUCUGAGAAAUAAAAACCGGAAUCAACUUGUUUAUUGAAAUUGUAAUGAAAAUAUGAUUUCUUUCAUACAGGUGGUGAGUGUUCACAAUCCAUGUGAUUAUUCAGUGAGAGAGAUUCUCAGACCGAGUUGUGGCCCAUUUCCCCUCAGAGUACAGUGAUUUUUGGAGUGAUGUAUUUGUAGUAUAGGUAGUGGCAUAUUUCCAUAUUAAUAUCAGAAGAGUCCAUGGCUUCAUUCAUUACUUGUUGGAAUACAG